UUCUAUCCAAUUCGUACAUGCUUUUAAAAUUUUCUUACUACGUAUCUCUCUUAGAUCCCAACGCCUUCUCUCUAAUUAAGGCACGAUUUCUCAAUUGUGGCUCCAAAUACAAUAGUUCAAAAUAAAGUUCACCAAUCCAAUGAUAGAAGAAGAAUUGGACACACACAAUAAACAUAAUCUAAAUUAAUUAAACCGAGUCGAAUUCGACAAAAAAAACCCUCCUGGCCUAUAUAUAUUUCUAUAAACCUACACUUGAUCCCAUGUAAACUAUAUCACCUUUUCCAUCCAUCCUCCUCUUUUUCAAUCAUUCUCCACCAAGAGAAAAAAAUAAUUUUUAAAGAUUCAAGUUAUAGGAUAUGACUAUCCCUUGCAUGAUCAAGCACCAAUCCCCAAUUUCCCACCAAUCUCCCAACCAAAACCCCCAAAACACUUUAACCUUGGACGCCCUAGUCUCUCCACACCACUCCCACAUACCCCCACAGUUCAUAUGGCCGGACCACGAGAAGCCCUCCCCCGACCCGCCGGAGCUCCACGCUCCGGUGGUCGACAUCGGGGGCUUCCUGGCCGGUGACCCCGCGGCCUCUGCAGAGGCCGCGGAGCUCAUCGGCCAGGCAUGCAUGAAGCAUGGGUUCUUCCUAGUGGUGAACCACGGCGUGGACGCCGGCCUCAUCGCCGACGCCCACCGCCUCAUGGACGACUUCUUCGAGCAGCCGUUCGAGGAGAAGAUUAGGGCUGAGAGGAGAAGCGGCGAGCACUGCGGGUACGCGAGCAGCUUCAUCGGCAGAUUCUCUUCCAAGCUGCCGUGGAAGGAGACUCUCUCGUUUGAGCACUCUUCUCAAGAGGGCUCUUCUAGUAACGUCCAACACUACUUCCGCACCACUCUGGGUCCAGAUUUUGCACACUUGGGGAGCGUUUACCAAGAUUAUUGCGUUGCAAUGAGCAAACUGUCGAUAGGGAUCGUGGAGCUUUUAGCGGUGAGCCUAGGCGUGUCACGUGAGGAUUUGAAGGAGUUGUUCGAAGAUAAUGAAUCAAUAAUGAGAUUGAAUUACUACCCACCGUGUAAGAAACCAGAGCUAACCCUAGGCACAGGGCCCCACUGCGAUCCCACUUCACUCACCAUUCUUCAUCAAGACAACGUCCAUGGCCUGCAAGUCUUCGUGGACGACCAAUGGCGAGCCAUCUGUCCGGACCCCACUGCCUUUGUGGUGAACAUUGGUGACACAUUCAUGGCAGUAUCAAAUGGGAGAUACAAGAGCUGUUUGCACAGGGCAGUGGUGAACAGCAAGUGUCGUAGGAAAUCUCUGGCAUUCUUCCUGUGUCCAAAAAUGGAUAAGAUUGUGAGGCCACCAGCUGAGUUAGUGGACUCUAAUAAUCCCAGAAUAUAUCCAGAUUUCACAUGGCCAACCCUACUUGAAUUCACACAGAAACACUACAGGGCAGACAUGAAUACCCUCCAAUCUUUCUCCAACUGGCUUCAAAAUCAACAUCAAACAACAUCAAAAAACAAAGAAAGAUUCAUUCCUACAAAUAAUUAAGCAAUUAAUUAGCCAGUGUGUCAUCAUUAUAAUCAGUUAGUUAGUUUUAUUUGUUUCAAGAUUGUGUAUGUUCUUGAGAUAAGAAAUCAAGAACGUUAAUGGUGUUUGGAAGUAGCUAGCUAGGUGUUAGACAAAGGAAUUAAUAAGGUGGAGGAGUACUGCAGGUGGUAUGUGUAAUAACUUGUCUUAAUUUUCACAUUUUGAGCAAAUUUUGUGUAAUAAAUUAAAUUAAUUGCUGGAAAUAACACAACAUAUAUUUAUCUGAA